AGAAAUGAUAAAUUUAAAGGAAAAAUCAGCACAUUAAUCGAGAUGAAAACAACCAUUGUCUUAAAGCUGGAGCACAAAUGACCCCUCUUUUUUGUGUUUUUUUAUUUUUCUUUAUUUUUUUUCUUUAACUACUCGAUUGCUACAAAAACAAAUAUUGCCUUGCAGUAUACUGAAGUAUGAUAUGACAUACAGUUAACAGGGCAUUCUAUAGCAUAAAAAAACAAGAUAAACACUGUAAACUUUGAAUUUUAAGAGAAAAAAAUGUGUCCAAUUUAGGUUUUCUCCAGACAGGUGCAAAUAUUGUGAUUAUGAUUUCCCUCCACUAGGUGGCAGCAGUUACUCAUGCUAAAAUCAGAGCGACAUGUUCCUUCAUUGUUUUCAAGGUGGGAACAUUGUUGUCACUGAAGCAUCGACUGGUUUGUGUCCUCUCAGCAUGUGAAUCGUUGGUGUCAGUGAAACCUGCUCAGUUUGCGUUUUGGAGAACCGGAAAUGCAACAUGGCAAUGAAUCUGUUCCCAGUGCUGCUGGUUAUUUGUCUUCCAAAAUGGAGCCAAGGUAAACACUUGCUUCGUUUUCUGACCUUCUGUCAAAGGAAUGUGAUAAGUGACGGCCAGUAUGAUAUCGAAUUUGACGGCGAUCAGCUCCUCUACGUUGACCCGGUCACCUAUCAGACAGUUCAGCGUCUGCCAGAGUUUGCAGAGCAGUGGAUUCCUGAUCCUGAACUAGCCCAUGACACAUUUGUGUCCCUGGGUACCUGCAAGUACAACAUCCCACGAGCCAUAAAGGGAGAAAAUCAUCCUCCGGAGACCAUAGCCAGUCCCACCUCCAUAAUCUACCCCAAGCAGGAGAUGGAACUGGAGGUCCCCAACACCCUCAUCUGCUUUGUCACCGACUUCCAUCCGCCUACAGUCACCAUCACCUGGACCAGGAAUGGCCAGCUGGUGGACCAGAGUGAGGUCAGUCAGACUCAGUACUACUCCAACAGAGACUUCAGCUUCUGCAUCUCCUCCUACCUGGACUUCACUCCGCAGGAGAACGACAUCUACUCCUGCAGCGUGGACCACAUCAGCCUGCGGGCGCCUCUCACCAGGUUCCUGAAUGUUGCCACAGUACCCACAGACCAGCAGGUUGUAGAGACAGCAGUGUGUGUUGCUGGUGUGAUCCUGGGGCUGAUUGGAGUUGUCACAGGACUCUGGUUCAUCAUGAAAGCCAACAAGUCCUGCCAGGCGUAACACGCAUUUAGACAAUUGACACCUGAAUUUCGAUGUCAGAUGUGUGAUCACGUUAUCUUUUUCCCCAUGUGGUUUUCCUCUGGUUGCAAGGUGGAGUGAAAAGUAUUUUUAUCAUAGCUUUAUUUUGUUUUUACACCUGCACUGUUUUAUGUUGUCUGUAUCUGUAUGUUUUUCUUUCACAUGCACAACAACACUGAAUGUAAACCUGAGCUAAAAGUACAUCAGUUAAAGCUAUAGUUUGACAUUUUGGAAACAGGGGGAAACAACUAGCCUGGCUCUGUCCAACAGCGACAAAGUCCACCUACCAGCACCUCUAAAGCUCACUAAUUAGAAAGAAAUAUUCCAGCACAUAACCCCCCAUAAAAUAGAAUAUUGUUGUUUUUUUACGCUUAAGUUUUAAAAUUAUUUGAAUUAAACAAAACAAAUAUAACAAGUUCAUUUUUGAGCUUAGAGGUGCCGGUGAAUUAUCCCAAAAUGUUUAACUAUUCCUUUAAGAAUUCAAGGGAUCAUAUUUCUAAAUUUGCUUGAAAAAAUGUAUGCAGUGGACUCUAUGCUUUAAAGGAGUUAAAAUUAUCAACUUAGCACAGAUAGUCUAACACGAUUGUCUUUCACUUUACAGAAGAGUGUAAUAUAUAUUUUUCUAAUAAUAUCAGAAAAUGCAUGUUUUGCCAUAUCGUAGCUAAGUAUCAGGUUUGCUGCUUAUUGUGUUUGUCAUGUACAAAUUAAGCACAUGAAGGGAAGUUGAAAAUAUCUGUUCCUGUUUGUUCUACCACAUGUCAAAGUACAUGCAAACCACAUUAAAAUGAAAGAGAACAGUUC